AUGGACCUCCAUCAUGCCUCCGGUCUUCUUGACUCCGUCUUGAUACGGGGCUCAGGUGGGUGUGGAGGAAGAAAGUGUGGUAUAUGCAGCGCAAUACUACCGUCACAAGCGUUGUUGACGUUAGCGUUGCCUGUAUCGGGUUCAGGGCUACGGCUUGAGUUUAGUGUCACGCAAAGUGAGUUAUUUUUGAGGUUAAGUUUGCCAGAUUUAGGUCAGGGUUUGGGUGUGGGGUUGAGUUUUUAGUUUGGAGUAAGAAUUCGUAUUAGAGUUAGGGUUUCAAGGCUUGAGUGAAAGUUACGGUUACGUUUAAGUUUCACCCAAAGGAUUACGGCUCAAGGGUUAGGGUUUUCAUUGUAGACAUGGUCACAGUUGGCUUAAGAUUGUGGCUUGCUGCCGUUUUCCCAAUGGAGCUAUAUACCAUACCCUUACCUAAAUUCAUGCGCAAGUCACCGUGCCCGCGACCACCUUGCUGUGAUGCGAACAGUGGACAUCGUUGAUAACCAUGGUCGAACUGUCGCGGUAGAUGCGCUGGCCCAGCACGGGAGCUAAUCGAGGUUUGCCUGGCGUUAUUACGAAUGCGUACUCAUAGCAAAUACCGACAUUGUUGAUGUGGUGACGCCCCCGGGUGCAGACUCACAUCGCGCCAAUUUGGAUCCGAGCCGCCCGCCUUUUUUCCUGGUGUUUGAAAUCUUGGUCAGCGUACGUUGUAUAUCAGAAAGUGUGGUGGUACGCCUAGGGGCAGUUUUUCGCUCCGUUAGCCACACACGUCAUCCCCCGGCUCCCGUCUUCUUGACUCUGCCUUGACAGCGAGCUCAGGUGGGUGAGGGAGGAGAGAGGGCGGUAGAUGCUGCACAAGUGUACUAUCAUUAUGAACUGAUUCACACACAAGUCACCGUGCCCGAGCCCAUCUUGCUCUAGGAAAAACUGCUUACAUCGUUAGCGAUGACAAUCUAACUGUCAUGUGGCUUACUGUGCGCAACCUUGCUAAGAGGUAUUCCCGUGCUGGUUCACCGAAUCUCCUGCGCAGCCUAUCGUAGGAGUCAUUAUGAAACUAUCGACUGCAUAUAAACCUCACUUGACGACCACCUUUAAUUACCUCAUUUGCCCGGCAACUUAAUGUUUAACCUGCACUAAUGCUCCUCAUUUGUGUAAGUAAGCAUGUAUUCACGAGCGCUUUUUCUCUGAUUAUCCAUCUAGCAACGCCUCGCCUCACUCUUAAGCUUACAUCUUCUUCAGAUCUCGCAGAACUGUAUGCGCUGCGCGCAGAAAUCGUCUUCAAUCACUUGCGUUCAAAAAUCUUUCUGGUUAUCUCUGACAUUCAGUACGCUCUGGAGCUGGACCCAUAUCAGCCUGCGGCCAACCGGCUGUCGAUAAAAAUGCAGGCUUACGGACAGAGAUUAUGCGCGCGGAGCCAAUUUUUAUCGUCAAUCGGACGACCAGAGGACGCUCAAGUGCUGGUUAACAAGGCCGCCGAGCUAAAAACACUUAGAAUCCCACUCCGUCUAGCGGAGGCCAAAGCGCAUCGUGCUGCCGGGAAACUGACUGAAGCGCUGGAGGACAUAAUGAACCUGGUGCAGGAUCCCACUUUCCUAGCAGUCAAUGAGCUUACCACUGACGUGAAAGCCGAGACAGCCAAGGAGCUCUUAUGCACCCUGGAUAGCCUUGAUGUAAACGAUUUCUGCCGUUGUCGGUCUUUUGCCAACCUCGACUACUACAGCGAAGCUCUGGAGCUGCCUCCGAAGGACUUGAAGCUCUACAUGCUUAAGGAGGCCGACUGUUUGUUUGCGCGCGGACAGACAUUGGAGGCAAUCCGCCUCUACCACCAAAUGAGGAGUGUCUUGGCUGCAGAGGCCAGUCUGACUGCUAGGCGUACUGAGGCCUACGUCGGCCGACGAAUCUGUUUGGCCUGGCAGGAUCUGGCAAGGAAAGCAUCCGCGGCCAGGGAUUGGGAACGUGCUCUGGAAUGCCUUUCCCGAAGUCUACUUUUCGCUGCUUACUGCCCAACACCCUGGAUUGAACGGGCAGGCCUGAACUUUCUCUUUAGGAGAAAAAUGGAGGCUGUAGAGGAUACGCGAACUGCUCUAAGCCUACUCCUACGUAUGAGAGCUACUGGCGGUCUCCAUAAGCUACAACAAUCUAAACUGAAGUCUCUUUUCUCAACCUUCUGUCCGAACUUUGGCAAAUUAUCCAUUUAA